ACCCGUUUUGGCUUACACGGCAAGCCUAUUGGCGUACAAUAAGGUCCAAGUUGACAAGUUCGGAGACUUUGAGGACAAGCAACUCACUGUCGAAGAUUUUUGAGUCCUAGAGACAUGUGUAGUCGUGCAUAUCUUCGUCUUGUCGAACCUCUCUGUCAAGAUUUAGCGGUCGUUCAAGAUGCUGCUUGACAUCACUUUAAGCUAUGUUGCCGUUUUCAUGCAUGUUUGUUGACCGUCGAGCAGGUACAGAGUGAGAGGGGUGCUGCAGGAUUGUGCAUCGUGCGAAGUGAUGACGAAGAAAGAUAGGCGGCGGAAAGAGCUUCGGCGACCGGGAGCCAAGCACACCGGCAGCCUUGCCCAAGGAGCAAUCGCCUCUAACUUCGCUUUCUUUCGCUGCAACACUACAACCAUCGACAUGGGUAUCGGCGGCGGCAUUGCCGUUACAAUUUCAUUCAUCAGCUGUAUAUGGCUGCCUGCCACCCUUUUGUGUUGCUUGCCAUGGGUACAGAAGCAGAUGCUGUACCUGCAUUGGGUCACAAUGUUUCCUGGCAAAUGGCUCGAGGAGCCUGAAAGAGCAGGGUUUCUGAAGAACCAGGUCGCGCCUUUCCGCAUCGCAACCAAAGAUGGUCACAGACUCUUCACGUGGCUCGUUGCACCACUGGGUGUAUAUGCAAGACAUCUGAAAGACUUCAUACAAGGGCAGUCUGGUAUCCAAGAUGUCACCGAGAAACUUACGUUCCGGUUAUUGCGAGACGACCCGGAAGCGCGGCUGCUGAUCUACUUUCACGGCAAUGCGGCAACGCUUGGGCAGCAGAGACGUACUGAAGAGUACAGAUCCUACGCCUCUGGUGCGUGCGAGAAGGUCUUCGUACUGGCGUUCGACUAUCGUGGCUUUGGAAAGUCUAGUGGAGUGCCCUCAGAAGCUGGUCUCAGGAACGAUGCAGAAGCUGUCGUCGACUGGGCGUUGAACGUCGCAAAGAUUCCACCAAAUCGCAUCGUUCUUCUUGGCCAUUCAUUAGGGACAGCAGUUGCAACGGCUGUGGCAGUGCAGUAUGCUGAAAUGGGUGUCCAAUUUGCAGGCAUCAUCUUGUGUGCUGCCUUCACGAACGCAGGCAGUGCGUUUGCCUCUUAUUCCAUUGGUGGCGUCAUACCGGUGCUCGCUCCUGUCAAGAUGAUCCCAGCUGUCCAAAACUGGUUCAGUCGCAAGAUGCAGGACACAUGGCGGACUGACGUUCGCUUAGCUGCACUUACUCGCAAAUACUCCAACAUGCGACUAGUCUUCGUACAUGCUGAAGACGACGGUACGAUGCCAUGGAACCAGACCGAAGAGCUGUUCAAGUCAACACUCAAAGCUGCGACUGAACCAAGUGCGGAUGACGAUGCCUGGAGUGCGCCAACGCCGAAGUACGAAGCGGUCGAUCUGGGCGAGGCUGGCAGACAGGAAAUCUGGGAAACCGCUGUUGCGCGCAUCGAGAAGCUCAUAGCCAAGCAUGGAGACCACAACCAGAUGAUGACAUGGAGUCCAAUCGCCCUUGCAAUUCUCCAGACUUUCGGGUUGACGGCUUCGACCACGCGCUUGUAGGGUCUUGGAUCUGAGUCUAUUUGCGUAAUUCUGCGCUCACCAGACCGACUCUUCCGCGCAUGUGAGAACCAGCGUCGAAGAACGCACGCCUCAGGCUCACGAUUUGCAGCACAGCGGCAACGACGCAAUGUCUGCAAAAGCAACGCAUGAUUAAUGCGAUAGGUGCGGGUCCAAGGGUCUUACAAAGCCCGCUACUCCCAAGCGCUGGCGGCUUCCAAGAUGUCUCGGUGGACUUGUGCGUCACUUGCUUUUGACCCUCUCAUG